AUGGCGCCGGAGCCCCCCGGCAGCCCCCGCCGGGAGACGCUUUUCCGGCAGGACGCGGCCACGGGCGUCACGUUCCGCAUCCCGGCGCUGCUCUACCUGCCGCGCGCCGCCACCUUCCUGGCGUUCGCCGAGAAGCGCGCGAGCGCCCGCGACGAGGACGCCGAGCACCUGGUGCUGCGCCGGGGCCGGCGCCGCGGCCGCGCCGUGCAGGGGCCGGGCCACGGCGUGCAGCUGCGCGCCGGCCGCCUCGCGGCGCCCGCCUACGCCUACUACGUGCACCGGCGCCUCUGCGGGCGCCCGCUGCCCUGCUGCACGCGCCCGCACGCCCUCGUGGUCUACAGCGACGACCAGGGCCGGAGCUGGAGCAAGGGCGCCUUGGUGCAGGGCGUGGGCACCGGCGAGUGCCAGGUGGCCGAGGUGGCCRCCGGCGACGGCGGCUCCGUGCUCUACUGCAGCGCGCGCCCGCGGCGCCUGCGGUGCCGGGCCGUGGCGCUCAGCACGGACCAGGGGCUGUGGUUCGGGCGCUCGGUGCGGUGYGAGGAGCUCUGCGAGCCGCCCCGUGGGUGCCAGGGCAGCGUCGUGAGCUUCACACCAGAGGAUGAGGGUGACGAUGGUGAUGACGGCACCGAGGGUGAUGACGCCGUUGCCGGUGAUGCCAUCAGCAACGAGGCUGUCAGCAAUGAGGCGGUCACUAACAAUGUCAUCGCCAACAACACCAAGGCAAACAGUGUCAUCAACAACACGAAGGACAACGAUGUCAUUGCCAACGAUGUCAUCACCAAUAAUGUCGUCACCAACAAUGUCAUCACCAAUAAUGUCAUCACCAACGAUAUCAUCACCAAUAAUGUCAUCACCAACGAUAUCAUCACCAAUGAUGUCAUUGCCAGUGAUGCCAUUGCCAACAAUGCCAAGGCCAAUGAUGAUGAGGUCAACAAUGUCAAGCCCAACGAUGCCCUUGCCAAUGACGCCGUCGCCAAGAGUGUCAAGGCCAACAACAUCAAGGCCAACGCUGCCAACGCCACCGUUGCUGACAGUGCCAACACCAACACUGCCAAGGCCAACGAUGCCAAGGCGAGUGAUGACAACGUCAACACUGCCAAGGCCAACAAUGCCAAGGUAAAUGAUGACAAUGCCAACGAUGCCAAGACCAGUGAUGCCAAGAUCAACGAAGCCAAGGCCAACAACGCCAAGGCGAAUGRUGACAAAGCCAACGAUGCCAACCCCGACGAUGCCAAGGCCGACGACCCCAARGCCAACGCAAACGCAGCCUCCUGGCUCCUCUUCUCCCACCCCACCGACAGGCGCCGCCGGCGCGACCUGGGCGUCUAUGUGAACCCCUCGCCGCUGUCGGGGAGCAGCUGGUGGCCGCCCUGGCUGCUCUACGAGGGCCCCUGCGGCUACUCGGACCUGGCCGUGUGCCCCGGCGGCCUCUUCGGCUGCUUGUUCGAGUGCGGGCCGGUGAGCGGCUGCGAGGAAAUCGCCUUCUGCCUCUUCAGCCAGCGGCAGCUCCUGGACGCCUGCGGGCAGCGCGGCACCCACUGAGUGCCCUGGCGCAGC